CUAACCUAAGCCUAUAGACCAAGAUUGCCUUGGGAUCGUUGGAAACCCUAAUGGAUUUGGCAGCGGAGAUAGGAAGAAGCGUAAGCUCCUCUUUCCAUCAACAUGCAUCAAGUUUCAGAAGCACUUCAGAUGUGAGAUCCAUCAACGACAACAACGACGAUGAAGUUGAGUUGCAGUGGGCUGCAAUCGAAAGAUUGCCAACGUUUGAACGUCUUACAACCUCGUUAUUUGAUUGUCGUAGGAGCAAUGCAGAUCAACAUGCUGAUGAACAAGGUAAGAGGGUGAUCGAUGUAACAAAGCUAGGGGCCCUAGAACGCCGGGUGUUCAUUGACAAACUUCUCAAGGAAAUUGAGGCAGAUAACCACCGUCUCUUACACAAACUCAAAGAAAGAAUAGACAGAGCGGGAUUACAAUUACCGACAGUGGAAGUUCGAUACCAAAAUUUGUUUGUAGAAGCAGAAUGCGAAGUAGUUCAAGGAAAACCCCUCCCCACACUAUGGACUGCGUUCAAAAGUAUAUUUUCUGCUAUGACACAGAUAGUUGGCUGCAAGCCUCAGGCAUCCAAAUUAGAAAUUCUCAAAGGUGUCAGUGGCAUCAUCAAGCCAUCAAGGCUGACUUUAUUGCUUGGCCCUCCAGGCUGUGGCAAAACCACUUUACUACAGGCACUUUCAGCAAAACUUAACCACUCUCUCAAGGUCCGAGGGGAAAUUACCUACAAUGGUUACAAGUUCAAUGAGUUUGUUCCUCAGAAGACAUCAGCUUAUAUCAGCCAAUAUGACCUGCACAUUUCUGAGUUGACUGUGAGGGAAGCACUCGACUUCUCAGCGCGUUGUCAGGGUAUUGGUAACCGAGCAGAUAUAAUGAAAGAAGUCAGCAGAAGGGAGAAGCAAUCAGGAAUUGUCCCAGAGCCAGACAUUGACACUUAUAUGAAGGCCAUUUCAAUCGAAGGGUUGAAAAACUCUCUCCAAACAGACUAUAUAAUGAAGAUUCUUGGGCUAGAUAUUUGCGCUGAUACAAUCGUAGGCGAUGCAAUGCAACGAGGGAUUUCCGGCGGUCAAAAGAAAAGACUGACAACAGGGGAAAUGAUGAUUGGUCCGGCAAGAGCUUUCUUUAUGGAUGAGAUAUCAACAGGCUUAGACAGUUCCACUACUUUUAAGAUUGUUACUUGUUUGCAGCAAUUUACACACGUAACAGAAUCCACCAUUUUGGUAUCACUACUUCAGCCAACACCAGAGACAUUUUCUCUCUUCGAUGACAUUAUUUUAAUGGCAGAAGGAAAAAUUGUAUAUCACGGGCCUUGCAAAGACGUAGCAGAGUUCUUUGAGCACUGUGGUUUUCGUAGCCCCCCACGAAAAGGCAUUUCUGACUUCCUACAAGAGGUGGUUUCUCAAAAGGAUCAAGCAAAAUAUUGGUACCAUGAAGGCCAACCCUAUAGCUAUGUUAGUGUUGACAUGUUUGUAAAUAUGUCCAAGGACUUUCAUGCUGGAAAGACGCUAGAUGAGGAACUUUGCAAGCCUUUCGACAAAUCUGAGCACCACAAAAUUGCUUUAUCAUUCAACUUCUACUCAUUAACAAAAUGUGAACUAUUAAAAGCAUGCACGGCUAGAGAAUGGCUUCUUAUGAAACGUAACUCAUUUAUUCAUGUAUUCAAGUCGGUGCAGCUUGUAAUCGUUGCGCUGGUCACAAUGACAGUGUUUUUACGCACACGGAUGGAUAUUGACGAGGUGCAUGCAAAGUACUACAUGGGUUCUUUGUUUUAUGCUCUCAUUAGACUGAUGACCAAUGGGGCUGCAGAGCUCUCAAUGACUGUCUCUAGACUUGCCGUCUUCUACAAGCAAAGAGAUUUCUAUUUUUAUCCUGCUUGGGCGUAUUCCAUUCCAGCUAUCAUUUUAAAGAUUCCAUUUUCAUUUUUGGAUGCUUUUCUUUGGACAUCUUUGACUUAUUACGUCAUCGGUUACAGUCCUGAGCCUGACAGGUUCUUCAAGCAGCUCCUUAUUUUAUUCCUUAUGCAUCAAGUAUCAAUAUCGUUGUUUCGUUUGAUUGCCUCAUUGGUUCGGACUCCUUCAGUAGCAGCAACCAUCGCUCUCUUCACUACAAUUGUAAUGUUUCUGUUUGGCGGCUUUGUGAUUCCGAGAUCUUCUCUGCCUGCUUGGUUGGAAUGGGGCUUUUGGAUUUCGCCUCUAACAUUUGGAGAAAUAAGUGUUUCAAUAAAUGAAUUCCAUGCUCCAAGGUGGAAAAAGAUUUUAUCUUCCAAUGUCACUAUAGGCCUGCAAGCACUAGAAAGCCGUGGUCUAAAUUUCGAUGACAAGUUUUAUUGGAUAUCAGUAGGAGCUUUACUUGGAUUUUGGAUGGUUUUUAACCUUGGUUUCACCUUUGCACUCAGUUUUUUGAAAUCUCCGGGAAGUUCUCGAAAAAUCAUCUCUCACGAAAGGUUCUCUAAGCUUAAGGGAAAAGGAAAUUUAGAUGCUUCCUUCCAAGAAAAAGAAUUAACUUGUGUAGAUACUCACACAACUUCUGCAGAACCUAUAAGAAUGGUCUUACCUUUUGAGCCCAUAAGCAUAUCGUUUGAAAAAGUGCAAUAUUUUGUUGAUACACCUAAGAAAUUAAAAGAUCAUGGUUUUUCUCCAAAAAGACUACAGCUUCUUCAAGAUGUAACCGGUGCAUUUAGACCUGGAGUUCUUACAGCUUUAAUGGGAGUUAGUGGAGCUGGAAAAACAACACUGAUGGAUGUCCUUUCCGGAAGAAAAACUGGUGGAAUCAUCGAAGGAGACAUCAGAAUUGGAGGGUACCCUAAAGUCCAAGAAACAUAUGCCAGAAUAUCCGGUUAUUGUGAGCAAAGUGACGUACACUCUCCACAUAUUACAGUCGAAGAAUCAAUAGCAUACUCAGCUUGGUUGCGCUUGCCCGUCCAGAUUGAUAGGCCUACUAGAUCUCAAUUUGUGAAAGAAGUUCUUCAAAUGAUAGAGCUUGACGAAGUCAAAGAUGAAUUAGUUGGCUCGCCUGGUGGUAGUGGGAUAUCGACAGAGCAACGAAAAAGACUUACAAUAGCGGUAGAGCUUGUUUCAAAUCCAUCCAUAAUAUUUAUGGACGAACCAACCUCGGGUUUAGAUGCUAGAGCAGCUGCUAUAGUCAUGAGAGUUGUGAAAAAUAUUGUUAGCACAAGGAGGACAGUUGUAUGCACUAUUCACCAGCCAAGUAUUGAUAUCUUCGAAGCAUUCGACGAGCUUAUUCUGAUGAAAAGAGGAGGACAAGUAAUAUACAACGGGGAGCUGGGUCGAAAUUCAAGUAAGCUUAUCGAAUACUUUGAGGCUAUUCCCGGUGCUCCAAAAAUCAAAGAGAAUUACAACCCAGCAACGUGGAUGUUAGAGGUCACCAGUUCUUCUGCAGAAGCUCAACUUGCCAUAGAUUUUGCUCAUCUCUACAAAGACUCACACCUAUGCCAGAGGAACAACCAACUAGUUAGAGAUCUCCAAAUUCCAGAACAAGGCUCAGAGGAACUACAUUUCUCUACUCGCUUUCCGCAAAAUGGGUGGGAGCAAUUCAAAGCAUGCUUAUGGAAGCGGCAUCUCACCUACUGGAGAAGUCCGAGAUACAACCUGGGGAGAUUGAUUUUUACUGCAGCAUGUUCUUUGUUAUUUGGAGCACUUCUUUGGCAGAAGGGACAGAAAAUAGAUGGUGAACAAGAUUUCUUCAACAUUCUAGGAGCAAUGUUCGUUUUACUUCAAUGCAUGGGAAUCGGCAACUGUUCCUCCGUUUUGCCAUUCGUAGCUACUGAGCGCAGUAUUGUAUACCGAGAAAGGUUUGCUGGAAUGUACUCUUCAUGGGCGUAUUCGUUUUCACAGGUGAUCGUGGAAAUUCCAUAUAUAGCGCUACAAGCAGCUUUAUUUUCGACGAUUACAUAUCCGGCUAUAAAUUUCCACUGGUCACUCUACAAAGCAUUUUGGUAUUUCUAUACUAUGUUUUGUACAUUGCUCUGGUUCAACUUCUUCGGUAUGCUGCUUGUUUCUUUGACCCCAACUUUUCAAGUGGCUUCAGUAUUGGCAAGUUUCUGCUACACUAUGUUCAAUUUGUUCUCAGGAUUCCUCAUACCUGGACCAAAAAUUCCUGCAUGGUGGAUUUGGGGUUACUGGAUUUGCCCUCUAGCCUGGUCCUUAAAAGGUGUUCUCACUUCGCAGUACGGCGAUCUGGAGAAGGAAAUAGUAGUACGUGGAGAGCAAAAGGCAAUUGGCGCUUUCUUAGAAAGUAUUUACGGGUAUAACUACAACGAUCUAGGAGUUGUAGCAGCUGUUCUUUUUGCAUUUCCACUAGUCUUUGCAUUAGUUUUUGCAGGUGCAACGGAAAAAUUAAACUUUCAGAGGAGGUAAUUAUAAUUAAUAACGUCUUCCAACCUACUGAAGUUGCAAUGCAUCCACAUACUGUAACCACUUCAGCUAAAGUCAGUGUUGAAGGAAUGGGAUCCCAGCUGCUUGGCCUCAUCAAGAUUAGUGAUUCUCUGUGUACAAAAACUUCUCUGUCUGA